ACCAGCCUCUCUCGGUCAACGCUAUGGCCAAGACCCCUAGUGACCAUCUGUUGUUCUCCCUGGAAGAGCUGGUGCCCUAUGACUUUGAGAAGUUCAAGUUCAAGCUGCAGAACAUCAGCCUGGAGAAGGUACCACCCCGGAUACCCAGGGGUCAGCUCCAGACAGCUAAGCCAGUGAAGCUGGCCACUCUGCUGCUCGACCACUAUGGGGAAAAGUAUGCUGUGCAUCUGACCCUGCAGGUCCUGAAGGCCAUCAACCAGCACCUCCUGGCAGAAGAGCUCCACAAGGCAAUUGGCCCAGAGUAUCCAAAUCAAGAAAGUGGCACCAGCUGUGCAGAAGUGUCUUGUUUCUCUAGGGAGAAUAAUUUCAAGAACCUGAGGAUACCAGAUGACCCAGAAGGUGACAGGCAGCGGCAAAGUGGUGAUGGGGCAAUGAGCCUACCAGCCAGCCAGCCUGAAGCUGGGAGGGGGACCCAGAAGAAGCCUCAGGGCAAACGGAGAGAUCAGAAGAGCUCGGAGGGCCUGGAUAUGCAGGGAAAGCCAGGGGCCAGGGGUGCAAUCCUGUCUUCUAGGAGAAGUGCAUUGCCCAGCAAGCUGCAACCGGAGAAGGGGAACAAUGUGAGUGUCAGGCUACGCAGGAAAAAAGGAAUGCCAUCUGCAGGAAGGCUCCAAGGACUCUCCAGUGGGUCACUUGGGUCCCUGGGAAGAAAAGAAUGCAAACUAUCAGAAGCACAUUUACCUUCAAAAAGGCGACCCAAAAGUCUUGAAUUUACCAUUUCUUCGGGAGAGAGAGAACCCCUCAAUCCAAGCAUUCUUUUUCCUCAAGAGAAAAUGAGAAGUGAGACUCUAGACUUAACAGCCACCCCCAGUGAAGUGGCCACUCUGGAUGUAGGGGCUGCUGUGGCUCCAGAGAGAGGCUCCAGGAAUUCAGAACAUUGCGUGAUCCUGGGGAGGUCACAGGACAAGGCUGUGUGUACCCUUUGCUGCGCCCAAGGAGACCUGGUUGGUGGGACCUGUACACAUGAUUCCUGCAGCUGCUCCAUUGCUUCUAGGGAUCCCAAGGUCCCCGGUGUUCACUCACCCAGCUGCCCCAGGUACCAAGCCUCACUCACAGGGAAGCACUCUGGACACUGCAAGCAGCAAGAGGGCCCACAGAAGGCUAGCUUGAGCCCCAAGCCCCUACCACAAUGUGAGCGUCACAUGAAGCAGUUCCAGCUGCUCUUCUGUGAGGACCACGGAGAGCCCAUCUGCCUCAUCUGCAGCCUGAGUCAAGAGCACCGAGGCCAUCAGGUGCGCCCCAUUGAAGAGGCUGCCCUGGAAUACAAGGAGCAAAUUCAGAAGCAGCUGGAGCAUCUGAAAGAGUUGAAAAAAUAUGGAGAGGAGCAGAGACUUCGGGGGGAUAAGGACACAGCAAACUACCUGAAACUAACUGAGACCCCAAAGCAGAAAGUCCAGUACCAGUUGGAGCAGUUGUAUCAGUUUCUGAAGCAGCAAGAACACCUCUUUGUGGCCUGGCUGGAGGACCUGGGCCAGACCAUCGGCCAAGUCUGGGAGACAUAUGACAACCAAGUGUCCAGGGACAUCGCCCUUCUUGAUGAACUGAUUGAGGAGCUGGAGGCCAAGCAGUGCCAGUCAGAAUGGGAGCUUAUGCAGGACAUCGGAGUCACCCUGUACAGGGCCAAGAUGGUGACUACCCCUAAGCCAUGGACCACCCUUCCAGAGGUGAAAGAAAAGAUACACCUGCUCUACCAGAAAUUAGAGUUUGUGGAGAAGAGCAUGAAGCAUUUCUCAGAAAACCUGCAUUCAGAAAUGGAAACCUUCAGUGUUCCCAAACUGAUUGGUGCUCAGGCGCAUGCUGUUAAUGUGCUUCUGGAUGUAGAAACCGCCCACCCCAAUCUCAUCUUCUCUGAUGACCUGAAGAGUGUGAGACUUGGAAACAAGUGGAACUGUCUGCCUGACAGCCCAGAAAGAUUUGAUAGCUGUAUCAUCACCCUGGGCUCUCCGAGCUUCUUCUCUGGCUGCCAUUACUGGGAAGUGGAGGUGGGAGACAAGACAGAGUGGAUCCUGGGCAUCUGUAAAACAUCCAUAAACCGAAAGGGGAGCAUCACUUUGUCGCCAGAGAAUGGCUACUGGGUGGUGAUGAUGAUGAAGCGAAAUGAGUACCAGGCAUCCACCAUUCCCCCAACCCGCCUGCGGAUGAGGGAGCCCCCCAGGUGUGUGGGCAUCUUUCUGGACUACAAGGCUGGAGAAAUUUCCUUUUACAAUGUAACAGCCAAAUCCCACAUCUACACAUUCACCAGCUUCUCUUUCUCUGGGCCCCUUCAACCUAUUUUCAGCCCUGGGACACAUAAUGGAGGGAAGAACACAGAACCUCUUACCAUCUGUCCAGUGGGUUGCCAGGCGCCUCACUGAAUGACCAACACUUUGCAUCUCUCUUCCAACUCCCAGCCUUGUAUUUUGAAUUCAUACAUUCUACAGUCAUUACUGAACACAUACUGGGUUCUGGGUGUUGUGGGGAAUAUAAUGAAUAAGAGAACAGUCCCUGUGUCCCCAGGAGCUAGGGAAUUCUGCUACUGCAGAAGUACAAAAUUAGGUACAAAAAUAAUGGUAAACCAAGAGUGAAGAGACUAUAUGUACUGAUGACAUGCCAUGUUUUUCAGAGUAGAAAGUACAUGACUAUUGCUAAAUAAAUCCUUGUAUAUGAAUUAUACCCUAAGAUGCUCCUGAGGCCAAGGUCCCACCCUCAUUUUCCUUCAAGACCUCACAGCAAGGAUGUGUCCCCUGAUUCUAGCCUCCCCUGUCUUGAGAACUUUGGAAGUUUAGAAAGAGAAACAAGC